GGGCCGGCCUUGCCCAAGUAGGUGACUCACCCUGCUAAGAAGUGGAGACUUAGGCUGGCUUUCCCUUGGGGCACAGAAAUGCUGUGGAUCUGGACUCUCCUGCCACUGGUUCUUGCUGGAUCACCGUUAAGCAUUCAUACCCAAGAGACAGACAGCAUCUCAGAGGGGUCGGAGUUGAGGAGGAAUGUUCAUGAAAUAGAGACUAACUGCUCAAAAGGAUUAUAUCGUGGGGGCCAAUUUUGCUGUCAACCAUGCAAGCCUGGUGAACGAAAACUUUCGGACUGUAAAACUGAUGGUGACAAACCAGAGUGCUUUCCCUGCAAGGAAGGGAAGGAAUACAUGGACAAGGAGCACUAUUCUGACAAAUGCAGAAGAUGUACACUCUGUGAUGGAGAGCAUGGUUUAGAAGUGGAAACAGACUGCACCAAGACCCAGAAUACCAAAUGCAAGUGCAAACACAACUUCUAUUGCAAUAUUUCUGUCUGUGAACACUGUGAUCGCUGUGUCACGUGUGAACAUGGAAUCCUUGAGCCCUGCACACCAACCAGCAAUACCAAAUGCAAGAGAAAAACCACAGAUUUCAGAUACCAUUUCCUAUGGUUGAUCAUCCCCUUUUUGGUACUAUUGCUUGGGUUUUUAUAUAAAAAGUAUUGGAGAAGAGGUCAUGAUGACCCUGAGUCUGGGAUCUCAAAGCCUGAAAAUAUGCCAAUUAAUUUCUCCGAUAUUGACCUGAGUAAACACAUCUCGAAUAUUGCUGAACAAAUGUCGUUAUGUGAAGUUAAAAAAUUUGUUCGGAAGAACGGGAUCUCUGAAACAACAAUAGAUGAGAUCAAGCAUGACAAUAUUCAAAACACAGCUGAGCAGAAAAUACAGCUGCUUCAGCACUGGUAUCAGUCUCAUGGGAAGAAGGAUGCAUAUCAUGCUUUAGUAACAGGCCUCAAAAAAAUCAACUGUUAUAUUCUUGCAGAGAGAAUUCAGGUCAUAGUCCAGGAGGACGUUGAAAAUUCAACUUUCAGAAAUGAAAACGAAAGACAAGACUCAAGUGAAAACUACCUCAGUUCUAGCUAUUGAGAGAGAGAGAGAGAGAGAGAGAGAGAGAGAGAGAGAGAGAGAGAGAGAAUCGACUGUGCAACAUAGUGAGCUCUGAACUAUCCUGGAUCACAAAGUAAAGCCUUGUCUCAAAUAUAACAAAAGAAAAAUUACAAAGCAAAGAAGAACAUUUUUAAUAAUGGAAAUCUAUAAAUGGUGUUUGACUUUUUAUUGAGUAUAUUUUCUAUUUCCUUAGAUUUCUAAAGACAAUAUAUUUAUAACAUUGGAAGAUUUCAUGAUUCUGUUUUGAGUAAUGUUGAUAUGUAUGUGGAGGAUUGACAGGUGCUAGAGUAAGUGCAGUAGUGAUUUAUGUACCCAGACAGAAGUCUACACAAAAGCACAUAAACUUAUUAGCAUGCUCUAGGCAUGAGUGUAGUUACUGUGUGUUGGCCUGUGACAGUCCACCCUGUUCCAUGGUCACAGAAGACAUGGCUUUGGCUAUGAAGUCACACACACUGUAAGGCUACUUUGUCCCAACCCCAACUCCAAGAUAAUCCUAGAUAUUUUACCAUAUAGAGAGACUUGGUUAGCCAUCUUCAGAACAUAUCCAUGCAAAGCUUGCACAUGUGUUUAAAUGUAGAACUAAAUAAGGUUCUGUCUCAAAGAUUUUGUGUGUGUGUGUGUACAGACCAUUGGUGUUUUGUGAUGUAAUAUUUUUAAUUUAAAUUUGUGUGGAAAAUGUAGAAUAAAUCCAAAUGCUUGAAUAUAUUCUAUUUAUAUACCAUUUUAUUCUUCCAAAACAAUUUGUGUUUGUCUCAGGUGUCAAAGUAUAUUUGAGGAGGAGUGUAUUACUCCAGCCACACUACCUCUCAGUUUUCUCUUUGUUGUUUAACCAGAUACAGCUUUAUGCACUCGUAAACCUGGAAACAUUUCUAAAGAAAUAAUGGUCCCUGCCCUCCUAUCCCCCACCCCCAUCCCCAAAACCCAGAACUGCCUUGGAAAUUCUGACCUGUUUUGGAAGGAAGAAUGCAUUGCUUUUCUGGGGGGUAGCUUUAGGGCAUGCUAUGGACUUCUGCCUACCACCAAAGGUUGGGGACAAUAUGGAAAGGCCACUUCAUUGCCAUGUGUCAACUUCUAGUGAGUUAUCUUCACCUACAAAUGCCAGCUGAUGUCCAGCAAAGAUAAAAUAGGCAGAAGGGUCUAGGAAUUGUUUUUGUUAUUCUCCUCAGGUUCUGAGACAAACCAUUUCCUCCAUCUACUGCAAUGCUGUUAUUUUUACAUUUAAACCUGUAUGAAAGUUGUAUUAAAUGUGAAUUGGAAUCUGGAGUGUUUGUGUGUUUUUGUUCAUGUACUGUGAACUGAGGAGAGUUAUAAAAGGAAACAUGCUUGCAGUUACCUAAAGACCUUCCAUUGUUGGAUGAUUCUUUCCCUCUAUG